AGAAACACAUUUUUUAUCUAUCAAUUCCAAACAACACCUAAUUAACUAACAGACACGACUGUAUCUUGACAUUUUGACAUUUUGAACGUCAACAGCCUGAGCUCUUUUUCAAGUGAUCAAGAUCUUUAAUACAAGACUGAAAUGGGCAUCACGCAUACCGGUGAUGAUUUUGUGGAUAAUAAUUACCCUGUGAAGGUGAAGAGUCACCAGCCAGCCCACAGGCCGUCGUCUAACUUUCCAGUAGACACCUUUGACCUUAGAGUGCAUGCCCUUAUAGGCUACAUGGAAAAGGCUGUUCGUCGCCCAAUCAUAAACCACGUGCUGUACGAUGAAACAGAUGAGAGUGACGACGAUGACAUUGAAUCCGAUACCUCUAGUGGAGAAGAAACGAGUGAAUACGAAGAAGAAACCGAUGACGACAAAGAGGAAACAGAAACUAAUUCCAUGUAUACCAAAAACAAAGAUCUUGCGAGUUUCUUCACCGAAAAAGAUGGUUCCCAAGAGCCGUAUGAUGUUUAUGUUCGAUUCGCAUACAGCUCUCUACCAGAUGACAACGAUGAGCGAAUCAGCCAAGCAACACAAACAGAAAACGACCCCGCCGAGCCAGCUAACCCGCUUUUGGAGUUGUUUUCAAAAAAAGAAAAUGAAAGUGAAAGUGUGAAGAAAUCAAAGUUUGCAUGCUUUAACUGCUUCAGAGUUACACACAAUGAUGACGACGAAGACGUAAAAGAAACAACAAAAUCCGUGAAAAGGGAAAGCUCUUUCCGGAAAGUGUUCGGCUGGUUCCAGAGGUUCCAAAGAUGGAUCAACUUCUGAUUAUCUAAAUACAGACUUUUUCUAAUUCCAUGAUUAUAUGUUUUUGUUUUUUUUAUCAUUGGUACAACAUUUAUGUAACUUUAUUGCAGUUUGUUUUAAUAACAGCGAUUUAAUGAUAUUUGUGUUAUGAUCAAUGUGUUUUAUAUAAUUUGUCUGGGAAUAUGUUUAAAUAGA